AUGAACUUUUUCCACAUCUUUAGUUUUGUCUUCAUCUCGAGCAUACUUGGGUGUGCCGCCAUCUCGAGUGAAACUAAGGUUCUGUCGUCGACAGAAUCUCUUAGCCUAUCUCCCAACCGAAACAUCGUGUCUCAUGGUGCUGUCUUCGAGCUUGGUCUCUUCAAACCUGAUCAUUCAAGUUUGGAACGUUGGUAUCUCGGGAUUUGGUUCAAGACAGAAAAAACAUAUAUUGUAUGGGUUGCAAACAGAGACAAACCUCUCUCUAAACCUAACGGAACCCUCCAGAUCAAGAACGGUAACAUCCUCCUGCUCGACCAAACUACCCUUGUUUGGUCAACAAAUGUGACGACGACGGAGAAGAAAAGUGAUGAGAGAUCUCCGUUAGUGGCCGAGCUUCACGCUGAUGGCAACUUCGUGCUGCGUCGUCACUCCAGCAACAGUAAUGAUCAUCAUCAUGAUCCAGAUAGUACUUUUCUGUGGCAGAGUUUCGAUUUUCCUACCAACCUUUUGCUACCGUACACGAAACUCGGUUGGACGCGCAGAAGCGGGCGUAGCAGUGUGCUCAGAUCGUGGAAAAACGAUCACAAUGAUCCAUCAAGUGGCGAGUUUUCAUUUGGAUUCGACUCUGCAAGUCAGUUUCGAGCGAUCCCGGCGAUUUUCACUUGGAAAGGGACUUCUCCGAUUAACCGUUUUAGCCCUUGGCUUGGAGCUUUCACUUAUGGCAUUCCUCGAGAAAGCCCUUCUCGCUAUCUCACAUUUACGCUAACAGCGACCAAGGAAGAGGUGACUUUCUUCUUCUCUUGGGCUGAUAAAACAUCCAAAUCGGUUCUUAAGUUAAACGCCACGGGAGUAAUACAACUGCUAGUGUUGAAUGCCAAGAACCGAAGAUGGGACACCUUGUGGACAUCAACAACUGACCGUUGCGAGGAUUACAGCUUGUGUGGUCCGGACAGCUACUGUGAUAAGGAGGUGUGUAACUGUAUGAGUGGGUUUGAGCCCAAGAACCCGCAUGCAUGGACGUCUGGAAACAGGAGAGAUGGGUGUGUGAGGAAGAGACCUCUGAGCUGUAAUAAUGGAGAUAAAUUUAUUCCGCUGAGUAAUGUCAAGUAUCCUGAUACUAGUAAUGCGAGUAUGCACUGGGGGAUUGAGAAGUUGAACGAAUGUGAGAAGUUGUGCUUGAGUAAUUGUAGCUGCACUGCCUUUGCCAUUGUUGCUAAGCAGGUUGGGAAUGGUUUAUCGGGUUGUGUGCACUGGACCGGAGAGCUCUUGGAUGUUCGCAGAUACGUCAUCAAUGUCAAUCAGAUUCUUUACGUCAGAAGUCACGAGAAGAAGAAACCCAAAACUGUAUUAAUAGUCUGCUUGAGUACUGGAGUAGGCAUAAUAAUUAUUUUCAGUGCCAUCUUUUGUUACUGGAGAAUAAAGAAAAAGCAGGCAAGAGCAAGAGCAGCCGCAUCAUCUAUUGAGAUCCGAAGUUCCGACUCUGCCACAGAACCCUUGUCUGGAGAGAUCACAUUAAUGGAGAAUUUGGAACUUCCAUUAAUGGAUUUCGAAACUAUUUCCAUUGCCACCAAACAUUUUUCUGAUUCCAACAAGCUUGGAAAAGGGGGUUUCGGUGUUGUCUAUAAGGGAAUACUUGACGGUCAAGAUAUUGCUGUUAAAAGACUAUCACGUAUAUCUGGUCAAGGGAUCAAUGAAUUCAAGAACGAGCUGAGACUGAUUACAAAGGUUAAACACGUCAACCUCGUCCAACUUCUGGGAUACUGUCUAAACAGAGACGAGAAGUUGUUAAUAUAUGAAUACUUGGAGAACAGGAGCCUUGAUCUUUAUCUGUUCGAUAAAAACCAAAGCUCUGCACUAAACUGGCCGAAGAGGUUCGAGAUUACCAAAGGCAUAGCCCGUGGUCUCUCAUAUCUUCACCACGACUCGCCCACCAUGAUAGUGCACCGAGAUUUGAAACCAAGCAAUGUCUUGCUUGCUAAAGAUAUGACCCCAAAGAUCUCGGAUUUUGGGAUGGCUCGGAUCUUUAAUAGGGGCGAGAACGAAGUUGAGACGACAAAGGUGGUCGGAACCUAUGGGUACAUGUCUCCGGAAUACUCCUUUGAUGGGACAUACUCUGAGAAAUCAGAUGUUUUCAGUUUCGGCGUCUUGAUGCUUGAGAUAGUGACCGGUAUGAGAAACAGAGGAUUUGCCGACGCUAACAACGGCAUCAGUCUUCUCACACACGUCUUCAAUAAAUGGAAGGAAGGAGAAUGGGCAGAUGUCAUAGAUCCCAUCUUGGAUCUGAAUUCAUCAUCACAAGAAGUCAAACGGUGCUUACAUAUUGGUCUCUUAUGUGUUCAAGAUCGUGCAGAGGAUAGACCAAUAAUGCCAUCGGUGGUCCUGAUGCUCGUAAGCCAAACAGAGUCGAUGCUGCAGCCGAACCCACCAGGCUAUUACGCUCUCGGGAAUGUUCUUUCUAAUGUUGCACCAACAAGCAAUACAGCAUCAACAAGCAAGACAGCAUCGACUAGCAAUGUAGCAUCAACGGUGACCGUCGAGGCCCGAUAA